ACCUAAAAAGAAAACACGCGAGUCGUCUUCCUCGCAGUGUCGCAGCCAAUUUUCAUACUCGCAAAAUUUCUUCAGGUUCAGAAGUGUCCAGAUCUGGCACGGCUCGCUCCGCCUGGCCACGCCUUGCAACACCUCCUUACGCCUUCCCCGCGCUAAACGUGCAACUCGUGAAACAGCCGACCGCCUCUGGCGAUUUCCUGCUGCCUCACUCCGACGCGCUCGCCGACGCGCACGAAGGCAUGCCUUUAAAAACACUGCCAGGGACCGAUUUCAAUGUUGCGGAGGCAAAGGAGCCCCAGAAUGCGAAACAAGAAGCUCAAUUCACAGACCCAGAUGUUGAGCGGCAAAUUUCUGCCAUUAGGGCUAUUCGUGAUGUUGAGACUGAACAUCUCCUGACUAAUUUGCGUUUGCUUCGCUCCUACUUCAACAAGGAACAGCAGCGAACCCCUCUAUUGCAAUAUUUUAAAGAGAACUUUCAAAACCUGUCGAAUGGAAGAAAUGGAGAAAAUGGACAAAUGGAAGUGCAAUGGAUUGAUAAAGAUGGCAAUGUAUCCAUGAAUGAUGGAAUGGAUUUACAUGAGACUCUUCUUCGCCUGUUGUCCAUUGCUUAUUCUGGUUGUUCAGCAGCAAUUCCAUCUCUUGGUGGCUUUGAGUUUUCUAGCAAAGCAGAUAAAACAAGCCUUCUGGGUGCUGAUAAUCUGCAGAUCAGCGACUUUGGUUUAGAGGAGCCAUUUGAUAGUCUGAUGCUAGGGAAGCAAGAUACUCUCCAAACUCCUGGGGUGAGUAGCCAGAGGCUGUCUAUUGGGAUGACACCGAAGACGCGAAGGCUCCCGAAGCCUGGAGAGAUGCUCUUAUCUGUCCAUGGCUCACCCCUUGGUGUGUACAAGGAAGACAACAUGGAAGCCAUACAUGAGUCGGAAGAGGGAUUACUGGCUUGAAAUGGCUCAAGUGGUCAAUCAGGAUUCACGACCGUGCAUUACUUGCCAAUCCAAGGUUUUUUAAUUUACUUCUAGCAUUGUGCUAACAAUCACUGCAGUGCCUGAAAAUGCUCUUGUAUCAUUGUGCUGACACCUUUGAGAUUGGAUUUAUGUGAAAUAUAUUCUAUCAUUUUCCUGUAUAUAAUUCAUACGUAAUUUUCGUCAUUUGUUUUAGUAAUUUCCCAAGAGAAUCGAACAUGAACGUUGAUUUAAGCCAGAGCAUAGUGAUAAAC